CGGAAGUGCCUUUCCUUUCGGUAGCGGAGAAGGGAGACAGGCGAGAGUGGGCUGGUCCUGGGGCCGCUGCGUGCCUCGGCCACGAUGCAGCGGCUGUGCCUUAUGCCCGUGAAGGCCUUGAUGGGGAGCUCGUGUCUCCAGCUCCUGGCUCCUAGGGCGGCGCGUAGAGCUCAGUGUGGUUGCACAUAUGGCACCAGGCACCCUUGGAGGCCAGGGCAGUACAGCACCGUCUCUGAGGUUGCUUUGCAAUCUGGAAGGGGUACUGUGUCGCUUCCCUCAAAGGCUGCUGAGCGGAUGGUGGGCCGAUGGCUCCUGAUGUGCAGCGGAACAGUGGCUGGAGCGGUUAUUCUUGGUGGGGUUACUCGGCUGACAGAGUCUGGCCUCUCAAUGGUAGAUUGGCAUUUAAUAAAGGAGAUGAAACCACCUACAAGCCAAGAGGAAUGGGAAGCAGAAUUCCAAAAAUACCAACAAUUUCCAGAAUUUAAAAUCUUGAACCACGAUAUGACACUGGCAGAAUUCAAGUUCAUCUGGUACAUGGAGUACUCACAUCGAAUGUGGGGUCGCAUUGUGGGCCUUGCAUACAUCCUGCCUGCUGCCUACUUUUGGAGAAAGGGUUGGCUCAGCCGUGGCAUGAAAGGACGGGUUCUUGCCCUCUGUGGCCUAGUUUGCUUCCAGGGUCUGCUGGGAUGGUACAUGGUGAAGAGUGGAUUAGAAGAAAAGCCAGACUCCUCUGACAUCCCUCGGGUCAGUCAGUACCGUCUGGCUGCCCACCUUGGAUCGGCCCUUGUUCUUUAUUGCGCCAGCCUGUGGACCUCACUCUCACUGCUGCUCCCCCAGCACAAGCUACCCGAAAGCCGCCAGCUCCUGUGGCUGAGACGACUUGCUCACGGAACAGCAGGCCUGGUGUUCCUCACGGCGCUCUCAGGAGCUUUUGUGGCAGGGCUCGAUGCCGGACUGGUUUACAACUCCUUCCCCAAAAUGGGGGAGUCCUGGAUCCCAGAGGACCUGUUUACCUUCUCUCCCACCCUGAGGAAUGUUUUUGAAAAUCCCACCAUGGUGCAGUUUGAUCACCGAAUCCUGGGAAUCACUUCCGUCACCGCCAUCACAGCACUCUACUUCCUCUCCCGGAGAAUCCCCCUGCCUCGAAGGGCCAAAGUAGCAGCAGUGACUCUGCUGGCUUUGGCGUAUACACAGGCGGCCUUGGGCAUUAGCACGCUGCUGCUCUACGUUCCAACCCCGUUGGCUGCCACUCACCAGUCGGGCUCCUUGGCUCUGCUCAGCGCUGCCCUUUGGCUCAUGAGUGAACUCCGAAGAGUACCAAAAUAAUUCUCAGAGGAUCAGCGUCCUAGGCCUGAAACUGCUCUUGAGAGCCCGUGGGAGAGCACCACGACUUUUCUACAAGGAUGACUUUGGCAUAACAGGUUUCCAAACUGAUCAAGUUAUUUACAAAACUGUGCCUGUUUUGAGAUCAUUGGUGGAUCCAGAAUGUCAUUCCUGGGGGCCAGCAGGUAGCAUAGUGGGUGAGGUGCUGGACUCACAUAAGGCUGACCACAGUUCUAGUCUUGGGCCUGGCAGCUUGAAAAUCA